GUUCAUCACCGGUUUGUUUUGACUUUGCAGGACACAAUAUGCGUUUUUGCUAAACUUGAGAGUGUUAUAAAGUUGGUUUUGUUUAUAACUAAUGACGGGUUUAUGACACCGUGUCAGGAGAAGAGCUUUGGAUUGUUUUAGACUGCUCAAUCAUGUUUAUGUGUAAACGGUGGGUGGUGUGCUCGCUGAAGGGUCAGUAUAGGAGCUUGAGCUUCUCAGCCUCCCGCAGGAGUGUCAUGCCCGCAUGGGUCAUCGACAAAUACGGGAAAAACGACGUGUUGAGAUUCACCAAGAACGCAGCGCUUCCGAUCAUCCACUAUCCCAAUGAAGUGAUCGUGAAGGUGCACGCGGCGAGUGUGAACCCCAUCGACAUCAGUAUGAGGGGUGGUUAUGGAGCAGCUACUAUGGCCAUGAAACGUGACCCACUGAACAUGAACCAGUCAGGCAGUGAGUUUCCUCUAAUCCUGGGGCGUGAUGUAUCCGGAGAGAUCAUGGAAUGUGGGCUAGAUGUGAACUACUUUAAACCAGGAGAUCAGGUGUGGGCCGCGAUCCCUCCGUGGAAGCAGGGCAGCCUGGCAGAGUUUGUAGUGCUCAGUGCCAAUGAGGUGUCACAUAAGCCCAAAUCACUGAAACAUGUUGAAGCAGCAUCCAUCCCGUAUGUGGCAGCAACAGCCUGGUCUGUCAUCGUCAAUACUGGUGGUCUGAAUAAAGACAACGGUUCUAAGAAACGUGUUCUUAUACUGGGAGGAUCAGGAGGAGUGGGAACCUUAGCUAUACAGAUGGUAAAGGCCUGGGGUGCCCAUGUGACUGUAACAUGUUCCCAGAAUGCAGAGCGUCUGGUGAGAGAUCUGGGUGCUGAUGAUGUCGUGGACUACACUGAUGGACCAGUCGAAAAACAACUACAGACAUUAAAAAAGUUUGAUUUGAUUUUAGACAAUAUUGGGGGUGAAACUGAAAAAUGGGCACUCGAUCUUCUGAAACCCUGGAAUGGCGCUAAAUACGUUACUCUAGUAACACCGUUCCUGCAUAACACAGACCAACUGGGCCUCGCAGACGGAAUGAUGCAGUCUGGAGUCACCAUAGGAUGCAAAGUGCUGAAGCACCUCAGGAAAGGAGUGCACUACCGCUGGGGUUUCUUUGCUCCAAGCGGCCCUACGCUGGAUGAUAUUAGUGAAAUGGUUGAUGCUGGAAAGGAGCUGCAGGAGUCAGAUUUGACUGAUCACGUGUUGAGAGGAGAGAUGGCUGACAGAUCAUGCUGGAGGAUUUGCUGCUCAACUGAUCCUGAGCUCAUUGACAAAUGUCCGAUCUUCCUUUACACAGUGUGCGUGUGAUCGUGAAUUUGUCAAAGUGAAAGUGAAUAACCGCAAGUGCUCAUUCAAAUAUAUUUAAAUACUCCGCAUAUUGAUGGCGGCUCCCUGAUGCGCAAAUAUUAUAUGCAAUGCUAGAAUGUUUGCGGGACUAGAUAUAAAAAUCACUGGAGCGAGCAAUAAUAAUUCAGCGGGAUUAAGAAAACAAUCCUGUGCAGGGCUUUAAUACAAAAAUGUGCACAAUGAAUGGCAGCUGUAGAAAGCAAAAGCUGAAUCCUGGACAUAUUUCAGCGAUUUAGAAAUCCCGGCCAGACACAUUUUUUUAGGUCCUAAAAGAGGACAUAUGGUCACUCUACACAGGAAGAAACCUAUUCCUUAUCAAAACAGAAUGGCAUCUUAUCUUUAGCAGCAAUACAAUAUAUCUGUGACCACAUUUGCACAUUAACUGGGGCUCUGCGUCUUGUGCUGUGUCUUUGAAUGCAGAAACUUCAUGGUGGGAACUACACUAUGAAGAGUUGCUAACCUUAUGAUAGCCAUCGGAUGUUGCAGAUAGCAGACAGACAUGCUAGACAAACUUACAUCAUUGAAAGAGUAGCUGUGCGAUUUAUGAAUUUAAUUUCAGACAUUUCGGAAAGGUAAGAAACCAUAUGAAAAAGUUCAAAUUUGAUUUGAACAUAAUUAAACAGCAUUUAAGGGAACUUUUCUAUAAUGGUAAGCAGAAAAAGUAAAAAAAAAAAAAAAGUUUACAUAUCUAAGGUA